GUGCAGAGGUAUGCUCGAGGAAAGACGGUGCGAAAAAGACGAGAUGCGUCUCGGGCCCGGAGGAAAACUCAAUCCCUCCCCAGAGUCCACAAACCCAGAGAGAAGGAUGACAGUGAAGCGGCUGAAGACUCAAUCAACAGUGAUCAAGCCUUUCAGCGGAUCCAGCCUGAACACAGAGCUGCGACUCUGAGUCCUGACAACAGGAGGAAAAACACCAGUCCAGGCAGGACGCCUGUGCUGCUGAGAGAGUAUGAUCUUUAUGAGAGAGGACUAAAGCCCGGCAGCCUCAGCUCUCCAGACCAACAGCAAACUCCAGCGAAAGCCUUUCAGCUGUACACGCUCUACAGAGACACUGAUGGACAGAUCAAGCAGGCUCCUGCAAAAGACUGUCACUGUAAGCCCAUCAUUAAAGCACUGGAGAAAAAGCUGAAAGUCACAGAGAUGGAGAUGAGGACAGAAAUACACACUAUUCAAGAGGAGAUCAACUGCAGGCUUGGACGAAUUGAGCGGAAAAAUAAGCAUCAGAUUAAAGUGCUUGAGAAACUGACACAGGAGCGAGUGUCAGCCGAGCGGAUGGAGUGUCACUAUCGCAUCAACCAGAGAGCAACAUUGGAGCGCAUGGAGGGCCAAAGAAAACAGCAGGCUGCGGCCAGCAAUGCAGUGAAGAGCUGGUGCAUGUCUAAGAUUGAGGAUCUGGAGGUACGGAUGCCUGAGACGCAGUACUAUAAGCUCCUGCGAUCUCCGUCCGCAGACUCAGAGCUGGAGGGUCUGCCGCUGCUGUCGCUCGUCUCAGAGGAAAGCUCCAGCUCACUGGCCACAUACGUCAAUGUGUUACCCAGUCCUGGAGCAGCUCACAAGAGCCUGGAGUUCGAGGACACGUUGGGGAAACGAUACUUGGGGAUCAAGCAGAACGGCUCUUCAG